AUGGAUGUAUGUAGUGGCGUCAAUAUGACUCUGUUGGAGUAUAAGCACCUAUGGAGGCCGAUCAAGCUGCGUCUUUUACCUACACCACAUGUACGAGAUAGCUUGAUACAAUAUGGAGAUGAUCGGAGCCACAAUAUCCGAAUACUGAAUCCUGCGUCAUCUUUGAUUAAAUCUCAAAGAUUUGCUACAGCGCCGCUAGAACACUUGCAACGGAAAGUAGUUCAAUUAGCAGUUGAUGUCGCUAAUGUAAACAUCGUUGGGUAUCUUGCCAGAAAAGAAUUAUACUUCUUCUCCAACGCUCCUACUGAUGGUUUAAACAAUAAUUUCAAAGGCACUGACGAACCCAAACUUCUGCUUGGGGGUAGCUACUCUGAUCUUGAAUGUGUUGCUGGAAUAGAAAGUAGAAAGAAUACCAUCUUCAUCGGAAUGUCCCAUUUGAAUCGUACAAUUGAGUCAUUGUAUAAUACUGACAGCACUGCACAAAGUACCCUCGCUAAGCACCUUAUAGUUAUCAUCCAAAUGAUUUCAGAAUAG